UCGGGGUUGCUGGAGGAAGAUGGGUUACAGCUGGUGGAGUGGGCUGGGGCCCCCAAUAUCUGUCCCUCCCUGCCACUUACUUACUCCUCUGUCUAGCAUCCCACUUGCCAGCUCCUCACUGUAGUUCUUCCCAUGCUCUGGUCCAGCCGGGGGCACACUGAGACCGGGGCUGCUUGGCUGGCAGAUUUUUGAAGGGAUUUAAUGGUGGUCCACUGGAGACCAAGCUGAGCUUGGCCUGCUCAUUUUACUGGUGACUCAAGAAGGAUUUGCAGGCAGGGUCAAAGAUGGAAAAGGUACAGUCCUAUUUAACGUUGGAUGACGAUGACUUGCUCUCUGAUCUCAGCAGUGGGGACCUAGAGAUGUUGCUAUCAUUCCUGGUGGGUAAGGUACAUGAAAUCGAAGUGAGAGUGAGCACAGAGAAGGAUGAGAUCAUGAGACUUGAGACAGAAAUAGCACAAUAUGUCGCAGAAAGAGACAACUGUCUGUCACUGGCAGCACAGAUUGUGCAUUUGCAUCCAGUAUUGGAAGAGGAAUUCAAGACUCGAGAACAACUUCAGGCUGUUGCAUCUGAGCUGAAAAGGCUGAAAAAGGAUAUUGCUCAAGAUACCAGUGAGCAGCCAGAUGCGGCCAAAUUAGAACAGUUGAUAGCGGAAUCAGAAACCACGAUAACCUCUCUCCAUCAGAAACAGCAUAUGUUUAAAAGCGAGAGAAUUCAUCUGACUAACAUACUGGAGACCACCCAAAAUACCCUUUCCGAGGCACAGGCAGAAAGCCAUGCAGCUGAUCAGGAGCUGCUUCGCUUGCAGAAGGAAUGUACUGAGCAAGCUAAUGUGAAGUCUUUGGGGGAUAAUGAAGCCGACAGACAGCUGGAUACCUGCAUCAGACAGCUGGGAGUGCUAAACCUCCUCGCUAGGAAGAAGUGAACUUCUGUCUCCAGCAGGGGAUAUGUGUUAGUCAGCAGACCUGAAGUUCCGAAUUCCACUUGCAGAAGAUGUAGGCAAGUAGGAGGUGUGUGGCCACCAGUACACUGAGCCGCUGUUGGAGGAGUCAUGGGAAGAAACACCACCUGGAGCGUAGCUAUACCAGGUUAAGCAGCCUGACUGCUCCCCAAUUUGAUUUCAUUUUACUUCAUUCACCUUCCAGCUGUCCACCAGGACAUAGCAGCAAAAUAUUUGAUUGUUCUUCCCCAAUCUCGUCUUCUCUGGAUGCUGCAUGGGGGACAUGAAGCAAAAUCUGCUCUAUGAUGAAUUCUGCUACUUUCUGUUUCAUGUAUGCAGGGUUUUAUUUUCAUAAAUAGUGAGACUAGUCCAAUGGUUUGUUGUCAUUGGUGUCAGGGAUGCAGAGACUAAAGGAAACCAAUGGUUUAAGAAGGGCCCAUUUCAGCCAAACUCUCCUGGCAUCAGCCACUUCCAUGUCAGCUCACCCUGGUUUGUGUGGCUGCUUCCCGUCCAACAAUAGAUUUCCCUUUCCAGCUAGUAGUCUGAUUUCCCUGUUUAGAUAGGCCAUAUCCACUGCAGUGUUGCACUUCUGUUGCUGUCUGAUUCCACUUCACAUGGACCUAUUGCCAUUCUUUGCAUUGGAUUGCCUUGAAGUUUCUCCAUGUUGAGAGUAGGGUAUCUCCCAGGCAAUCUGUGAAGAUCAUCAGGUGUAUGUGAAACACAACUGGAGACAGAAGCCAUUUGCUGAUCUGGAAGCUGGCCAGCUCAUGGGAGACAAUGUACAAAAUUGUGGCUAGGUGUAAUUGUAAUGCAGUGUGGCUAGAUUUCUAGAAAGCUCUGAGCAGAGACAUGUUUUUGCAUAACUUUGAAAUAAAGUCAACUUUCUUACAUAA